AUGACGUCAGCAUCUACGAUUCCUCCAUCGUCCAGGGUGGAGCGCACCUUGGAGAGGCAGGAGAAGGCCAAGGCCGAGGAGGAGGCGUCGCGGGGGAGGGAGGGGCGGGGGGACGAGGACGAGUGGAGGCUGGAGUACCUCAAGGGCCUCAACGCCGGGCUCGACAACCAGAAGGCGAAGGACGCGGCGGACAAGGCCACCGGGCGGACAGCGACAAAGCCGCCCCCCGCCCCGAUGCGUGCAACAAGCAAGCCUUCGGCGAGGUCGUCGCCGCCUGCCGCCGCUACCGCUGGCAAGAAGAAGCCUGCGCAUCCCGCCGCCGCCGCCGCUUCGGCCGCUUCCAGCGAGAAUCAGGCCGUCCCUGCCGCCGCCCUGCACAAGCUUCACCUGGCGCUCACGGCGGACGGGGGCGCCGGGGAAUCGGGUGGGGUGGACGGGGGUGGGGGUAUGGCGAUCGCCAUGGCGGACGGGUACAAGCCCUCGCCGUACCUACAGGAGGUGAUGGAGGUGCUGGAGGACACAAAGGCAAGCCAACCGUGGCUAGAGGCCCAGGAGGCCAAGAACCUCCCCCUCCCUCCUCUAGCGCACGCCGCGGAGCAAGCCAUGCAGGCCCAGCCAAGCGGCAAUGGUGACGGACGAGCAGCCGGGAGUAAGAAGAAGGACAGCAACAGCCACGGCAGGGGCGAGGGCGACGAGGAGGCAGAGAGGCUCAGGGCGCGCGAGAAGGUUCUGAGCGACAGCCUGUUCAAGGAGUUCGACAAGAAAACGCGCACCAGACCGUACCAGGACAUGCUGGCGAAGCGGUCGAAGCUCCCCGCCUACGAGAUGCGGGACCACAUCGUGCGUACAGUCAGGAACGCGCAGGUUGUCGUCGUGUCCGGAGAGACCGGCUGCGGGAAGACGACGCAGGUCCCCCAACUCGUCCUUGACACGAUGAUCAUGGAGAAGGAGGGUGCGUCCGCCAACAUCAUCGUGACUCAGCCGAGGAGGAUCUCUGCGGUCGGAGUGGCUGAGCGAAUCGCGGCCGAGCGGGCCGAGAGGAUUGGGGAAACCGCCGGGUACCAGAUCCGGCUGGAAUCGAAGCGGAGCAAGGCCACCCGGCUGCUGCUCUGCACGACGGGUAUCCUCCUGAGGAGGCUGCAGGUGGACCCCUGGUUGGCCUCCGUGAGCCACGUCUUCGUCGACGAGGUGCACGAGAGAGACUUGGACACCGACUUCCUACUCAUCAUCCUCAAGGGCCUGCUGGCCAAGCGCCCCGGGCUGAAGCUCGUGCUCAUGAGCGCCACCCUCAACGCCGACAUGUUCAGCGACUUUUUCGGAGGUGCACCGGUGGUGGAAAUCCCGGGGCGAGCCCACCCAGUGACCCCGUUUUUCCUGGAGGACGUCUUGGAACGUACCGGUUACGUGGUGGACCCGAAGGGCGACUUCGCCGUCAAGGGGUCGAAAGGAGGCGGCGGCGGUGGUGGUGGUGGUGGUGGUGGUGGUGGCGGGGGAGGGGGGAAGGGUAGUGGGAUGAAGCCUGGCGACUGGGAGUGCCCUUCGUGCGGGAACAACUGCUUCGCGAGCAAGUCGGCCUGCUACAGGUGUGGCACCGCCAAGCCUACCCCGGGGAGUGCCAAACCCAAAGGAAAGAACGGUUCUCGGAAUGGUCCUCAGAACGCACCUCCUAAGGCAGGACAAGGGGCAGGAGCCGGGUCCGUUGGUGGGUCAGUGGGCGGGGGGGCAGAACGGCCGACGAUCGGCGAGAUCAAGAAGCGGUACGCCGGUUUCAGCGACAACGUUCACCAGAGCCUGCUGGUGGUGGACGAGAGCGUGAUCAACUACGAGGCGAUCUCGAGCCUGCUCGAGUACAUCACCCACAACUUCGAAGAAGGGGCCAUCCUCGUCUUCCUGCCGGGACUCGCCGAGAUCACCAAGAUGCUCGAGGCGCUCGCCGGGAACCCGCUUUUCAACGACAAGGAAAAGACGCGAGUGUACCCGCUUCACGGGUCCCUGUCAACCUCGGACCAGAAGGCCAUCUUCGAGGUGCCCCCCAAGGGAGUGCGGAAGAUCGUCGUGUCGACCAACAUCGCCGAGACUUCGAUCACCAUCGAGGACUGCGUCUUCGUCGUCGACAGCUGCAGGGUCAAAGAGAACCGUUUCGAUGACGCCAACAUGAUGCCCAUGCUGCUGGAGUGCUGGGUGUCCAAGGCCUCCGCCAAGCAGAGGAGAGGGCGAGCCGGCCGCGUGCGUCCCGGCGUGUGCUUCCACAUGUGCUCGUCCGGCACGUUCCAGGACACCAUCAGCGAGUUUCAGCUGCCGGAGAUGCUCCGAGUUAGCCUCGACGACAUGGUGCUGCAGAUCCUGCUGCUGGACAAGGGGGAUCCCGCGGAAUUUCUCGCCUCUGCGGUCAACCCCCCCACCGAGCUGGCGGUGUCUAACUCCAUCAAGUACCUCUGCGAGCUGCAGGCGACUCAGCUCGACGAGGACGACAAGCCGGUGCUGACCGCGCUGGGCUUUCACCUCGCCACGCUUCCGGUUGAGCCGCGCGUGGGCAAGAUGAUGCUCUACGGCGCCAUAUUCGGCUGCGUCGAGCCGGCCAUCACCAUCGCCGCCGCCAUGAGCUGUCGCAACCCCUUCGUCGCACCCUUCGACAAGCGCGAUAUCGCCGACGAGGCUCGGCGGACGUUCGCGCUGGCGCUGUCUGAUCACCUGACCCUCCUCAAGGCCUACGACGGCUGGAGGCUGGCCCGAGGCUGCGGGUCGAGGGCGGAGCGGGAGUACAUCCGUGACCACUUCCUGUCGCGGCAGACGCUGGUGAUGGUGGAGGACAUGAGGCGGCAGUUCCGCGGGCUCCUGAGAGACAUCGGUUUCAUCGAGAGCGGGGGUAGCGGCGGCGGCGGGAACCGCCACUCCCGCGGCAGCCACAGCGGCCACCCCCAACAACUGGAGCAUUCGAGCAACGUGAACGGAGGAAACAUCCAGCUCAUCAAGGCCGUCGUGUGCGCCGGCCUCUACCCCAACGUCACCGUUGCCCCGGCCGCCCUGUGCCCGUCGUCGACCUCGGCUAGCGGCGGCGGCUCGGGCGGAAAGAAACCCGGCGGAGGCGGCUCCAAGGGGGGGGCGGCGGAGAAGACCGCCGGCGAGGUUUCACUGCAGGGCAGAAAGGGGGCCAUGUAUUUGCAUCCGAUGACGGUGAACUUCGACAAGAAGGCGCUCGACAGCCGCUACGGGGUAUACCACGAGGUGGUCAAGACGUCCAAGGUUUACAUCCGGGACAUGACGACCGUGACGCCGCUCAUGCUAGCGCUGUUCGGGGGCUCGUUGCAAGUUCACCACGAACGACAGGCGAUCACUGUCGACAAGUGGCUACACUUUAGAGCGGCGCGUCGGGCGGCCACCCUCGUCAAGUACCUCCGGGUGCACAUGGAGAGGCUGCUGCUGCGGAAGAUCACGCAUCCGCAGGAGGACGUUUCGGACAACGGCCGAGACCUCAUCCAGUCGGUGUCUACCUUGCUGAGAUCGGGGGCGAGGCGAGCGGGCGCCCAGCAAGACUACAGCUCCGAGAUGCUCGCAGCGGAGAUCAACGGUGUGCGGCAGGGAGGGGGUGGGGUUGAUGGGUGGGGCGGUGGCAGUGGCGGCGGCUACGGGUGGCAGCAGCAGCAACAGCACGGCCGACAGGGUCAACACGAACAGACCACGGCUUCGGAGACAGACCAGAAACAACUGCGAGUCAUGCAGCGCCGCGAGCAGGAAGACGCGGUUCGCCGAAGCGCCGUUCCAGCCGGCGGGCACGCCAGCUUCAACCGCAGCAGCAACGGCGGCGGCGGUAACGGCUACAGCGGCGGCGGCGGCGCAGCGGCUUCGAGGUCGAGGGACACGACGGGCGGCGGGGUCAGCGAGGAGGAGCUGUUUGCGCCCCUUCGAUCCGGCCUCCCCUCCACCGACACGCCCGUCCGCAUCCCAACGGCAACCGCUAGGCCGUCGGCAGGGAGCAAUACCGGAGGUGCAGGAGGCGGCCGGGGCGAUGGGUAUCGUGACGACAAUGACGGCCAAGGUGGUCGGGGACGCAGGGGCGGCGGUGGCGGGAGCGGCAGAGGUCGGGGAGGGGGGAGAGGAGGCAGGGGGGGGGGAGGGAGGAACGGGGGCCGGGGCGGUGGCAGAAGAGGUGGACGGCAUUGA